AACACCACUAGUCGGGCUAGUUACCAUGGAAGAAACACCCCAUAUAGCCAUUCUUACAAAUCCAGGGAUGGGUCACCUCAUCCCAUUUGUGGAGUUAGCCAAGAGAUUAGUUCUUUCUCAUAAUUUUUCCGUCACUUGUCUUGUUCCUACCAUUGGUUCUCCUUCCAAAGCUCAAGAAACAGUCUUGAAAUGCCUUCCUCAAGGUAUAAGCUAUGUAUUUCUUCCUGCAGUGAGCUUUGAUGACCUCAAAGAGGAUGUUAGAGCCGAAAUCAAAGUUUCACUCACUAUGUCCCGCUCUCUUUCUCCACUUCGAGAAGUACUCAAGUCAAUAAUGAUUAGAACCCGGUUAGUCGCCUUGAUUGUUGAUCCUUAUGGCACCGGUGCCUUCGAUCUUGCAGAGGAAUUUGGGGUCCCUUGCUACAUUUUCUUCAUGUCCAAUGCUAUGGCCUUAUCAUUUUGUCUUCACUUGCCAAAGUUGGAUGAGAUGAUCUCCUGUGAGUAUAGAGACCUACCUGAACCAGUCAACAUUCCUGGGUGCAUCCCGGUUCAGGGGAGAGAUCUCAUGGACCCGGUCCGGGACAGAAAGAAUGAGGCGUACAAAAUGUUUCUUCACCAUGUAAAGCGCUUCACCUUAGCUGAAGGUAUUAUAGUAAAUAGCUGCAUGGACUUGGAAGCAGGAGCUGUAAGGGCUUUGCAAGAUGGAGGAUUGGUUAAACCACCAGUCUACCCCGUUGGACCGCUGGUGCGGACCUGGUCAAGGAUUGGGGACGAUGAUGAUUCUGAAUGCUUAAGAUGGUUGGAUGGUCAGCCAGAUGGGUCUGUUCUAUACGUUUCAUUUGGAAGUGGUGGAACCCUCUCUUAUGAUCAGGUCAAUGAACUAGCCUUAGGGUUGGAGAUGAGUGAACAGAGAUUCUUAUGGGUGCUAAGAACCCCAAAUGAUAGAUCUUCCAAUGCAGCAUACUUAACCAACCAAAGCCAAAACGACGCUUUUGAUUACUUACCAAAAGGGUUUAGGGAUAGGACAAGAGGGCAAGGUCUAAUACUGCCCUCUUGGGCACCACAGAUCAAGGUCCUGAGCCACAGCUCAGUGAGUGGAUUUUUAACACACUGUGGUUGGAAUUCAACUCUGGAGAGCAUCAUGUGUGGUGUGCCUUUGAUUGCUUGGCCGCUCUAUUCUGAGCAAAAGAUGAAUGCUGUAAUGCUAACUGAGGGUCUGCAAGUGGCAUUGAGACCAGAAGUCAACAAAAGUGGCUUAGUUCAGAGGGAGGAAAUUGUGAGAGUCGUGAAGGGUUUAAUGACAGGAGGACAUGGGGUUCGGAUAAGAGCGAAAGAAUUGAAGGAAGCUGCUACGAAAGCAUUAUGCGACGAUGGGUCUUCUUCUAAGGCACUGUUGGAGUUUGUACUCGCGUGUAAGAAUAAAAUAGGCAGAUAAAAUCACUCAAGCAUUAUCUUCACUUUUCUUUA